AUGGACGGUAAGUUAUGACUACUUUUAUUCAGUUAUUCUGCAAACACAGAACAAUUUAUUUUUAACACCAAAACUUGAAUUCAUUGGUUUGUGUACUUUUUCAUGAAAGUUUAAUGCCAAUAGGUCCAAGUUUGUUAAAUAAUGUUUGAACUGUUGGUAUAAUUUUGAAUAAGAAAAAUAAAAAAAUAAAAAAACUCAAAAGGUUGCUGUAACAAAGUGAAAGUAUUUCAAUCACUGCAGUGUUUAAAAAUGAGUCACUAAGAAGAACAGGUUUAUUUUGGCAACUACAAGUGAUUUUGAUUCUAUGCAGUGCUUUCCACUACAAAUAAUGCAGCCUGAGGAUCACAGCCAUUCAGUUUUAGUUUUUGAUUACAUCUCCUUUGUACGAUUUUCUAGAUUUUCUGAAUCUUUUAUUGACAUUUUGUACAUUAGGUGGUGAUACUUUUCAGUUUUACACCAGAGAGCAUGAUUUUAGAAUUGUUAAACUAUUAGCUCUGGUAGUCUCUUAUAGAAUUAUUAGAGACUCAGCCUCCAGUCAUGUUUCAACCUGUUGAUAUUUUUUUUCCCCAGGAUGUGUAUUUAAUAGUGUUACCCAAAUUUUUUAGCAUUUUGUUUCCCCUGUGCAAACUUUUUUGAAAUGUGCUGCUGCAGAAAGAGAAUUCAAUUUCAUAAAACAGUUUACUUUUAAUCUAAGUUUCAACAUCUGACAUGUUUUCUUAGCACCACUCUCAGUCUUUUGUUUUUAGUCAGCCUUUUUACACAACAUCCUGAGCUUUUUUCGAAAAGGGUUCUUAUUGUGAUGAAGAAUUACAUUUUUUGGUUAACGUGUGCUUGAGAUCCCAAAGAUCCAAAAACUUGUCUAUGGCAUUAGUGCUUACAAGAAUACAGUAGUGUGUGUAUAUAUGUCCUAUAAGUCAGAUAUAUUAGCCCAACAUGAGCCUUAAUUUAGGUUUACAAAAGCUGACAGUUUUGCAGAAUACAGUGUACUACAGUGAGAUGUCUUUGGCAAAUUUCAUUGACAGCAACAUAACUGUUUUCCAGAAAACACACGAAGGAUCGUCGUCUUAGGGAAGACUGGAGCCGGGAAGAGCAGUCUGGCCAACACCAUUUUUGGAGAGACUGCAUUUAAAGAAGACACCACCGCCGAUUCUGGUACAAGUGAAUGUCAAGCAAAAACCAAAUCCAUCAAUGGAAGAUGCAUCAUGUGGAUUGACACUCCCGGGUUCUUUGACACAAAGAGAUCCGAGGAGGCGAUGAAGCCUGCAAUACUGAAGUGCAUCACUGACUGCUCUCCCGGGCCUCAUGCUUUCCUCAUUGUGCUUAAAGUGGAGAAAUUCACAGAGCAAGAGCGGGCUGUCAUCGAAAAGCUGUGCCAGUAUUUCUCAGAGGAAGCUUUAAAAUAUGCCAUUGUUCUGUUUAGUCAUGGUGACCAGCUCUCUGAAGGACAGAAGAUUGAGGAGUUUGUAGAAAAGUGUGACAAUCUGAGAAACCUGGUGGAGAAAUGUGGGGGCCGGUGUCACGUCAUGGAUAAUAAAUACUGGAAGAAAACUCUGCAGGAUGACUACAGGAACAACCAGUUCCAGGUGGCAGAGCUGCUGAAAACAAUCGACAAGAUGGUUGAAGCAAACAAGGGAGGCUGCUACACCAAUGACAUGCUGCAAGCAGUGAGGAGAGACAUACAACAAGAACAAGCGAACAUCCAACAGACAUCUGCAAACAAGUCACCAGAGGAGAUCAUGCAAAAGGCCAAAGCCAAUGUGCUCUCAAAGCAGCUAUUGAAAUUUACCGGAGUUACAACAGGAGCACUGCUGGGAGCCUUUCUUGGUGGGGCAAUGAAAUUAAUGAGCCAAGAAGGACCUAUGGUAGCACUGGUGGCAGGUGUAGCAAUAGGAACAGCUGCGGGAGUAGCAGCAGGGGUUGAUAUUACAGGUGAGGCAAAAGAAAAGAAACAAACCUCUGUCUAG